GAUAGUCUUCGUGCUCUCCCAGAAAAAAGGCUUUUGUUGAGAUAGCCCUUUGUUGACAACUUAAUAAAUUAAUAAUAGCACUCUGCCAAAAAAAACUCUGCUUCGUGCUUUCCAGUUUUGAGUCAGUUGCUUCGUGUUGCCAGAAAAAGGCUCCGCCUGCAACCCCCAUCUCCGGCGAAAUCGUCGCCGGCGUGUCGCCUCCGACCCUCGCCUCUCACCCCCUCUCUACUUCUCUCUCUUUCUUUCAAUUCUCUCUGACGCCAACGCCCUCUCUCUCCCUCUGUGUCUCCUCGUCGUAGCACAUGCAGCGGCUACCGCCUCCGCCUUCCGCCACUUCUCCGUCCCGGCGUCGGCUCCUUCUCCUCCUGCCCUGACUCAAAACACCAAAACCCCCAAAAUUUCUCCAAUUUCAGAAAAUCCCUCUCCCUAAAUCAAAUCCCUAAUUUUAUCAUUCUACCCUCGCCGUGAACAGCACCGCCCCUCUUCUCUCGACGAAUGGCGAGAAUCGUCGGCGCCUUCUCCUCUCCUUCCCACAGCCGCCGCCUUCUUCCCUCUUCUCUCUUUUCCCACCUGCCAACUCCCGCUCCCUUCCCCCAAUUUCUUGGCCAACUACCCAUGGCAAAAUCACAGCUGGGCCGACCUCCCUUCCCCCAAACAGAUGUGCCUAUGUCGGCGGUUCUGCACGAUUUGAUCUUCUUUGUAGUUAACCGAACUGAAAACCGGUUCAAUUUUGAUUUAUUUUCAGUCUUAAUCGGUUCCGAUUAACUGGUAAACCGAUUCGAUUUUAACUGAACCGACCGAUUUAUCAGCCCUACAUACCAUUUAUUAAUUAACUAACAAUUCAAUUUUGAUGAAAUCAUUUUUUUACUUUAUACACAUCUGCUACUAUUUUCUUAAAAUUCGUAUCCUCCCAUCCAUAUUCCAUACCACAUUUAUCGUGGACGGAGGGAGUAUUUGACAAUACAGUAGUCAACUUUUUAAUUUGUAGAGCCCUCCAAUUUUAGCUCACGCCAUGGCGACUUGGAGCCAUCCUUUGCUUCGCCGGGCCCCUCUUUUCUCUCCUCAUCCGCCGCCCUUUCUCCACUUCCCCUCGCUCUCCACUUCCAUUAAUCAACACAAAUUCAAACGUUCGUUCAUGCGCUGCUAUUCUUCCAUGGAAGAAUCCGCACCGUCUACUCUCACCCAAUCAGAAUUUCCAAGAAUGGGCAGAAAUUCCAACUGGAAGCCCAUGUGCUUGUACUACACUCAAGGUAAAUGCACCAAGAUGGAUGAUUCUCUGCACGUUAAUAAGUUCUGUCAUAGCUGCUCUAUUAAGCUCGGGGAUAGAGUUCCGGAGUUCAAGAAUCUCCGCAGUCAAAAGUUUGAUUACUUUCUUGUACUCGAUUUAGAGGGCAAAGUUGAGAUUCUCGAGUUUCCUGUUUUGUUGUUUGAUGCGAAAACUUUGGAUGUAGUGGAUGUGUUUCACAGGUUCGUAAGGCCUACAAAGAUGACUGAGAAAAGAAUAAAUGAGUACAUUGAGGGAAAGUAUGGCGCUUUUGGGGUUGACCGUGUCUGGCAUGACACAGCCAUAACGUUUCAUGAGGUCAUUGAACAAUUUGAAACUUGGCUGAGAAUGGAGCGGAAUGGGGGUAGUAGGUUAUGGACAGAGGAGGGAGAUGGACGUCUCAAUCGUGCAGCAUUUGUAACUUGUGGGAAUUGGGAUUUGAAAACCAAAGUACCGCAGCAAUGUGAAGUAUCCAAGAUGGAGAUUCCUCCCUAUAUUAUGGAAUGGAUCAAUCUGAAGGACAUCUACCUGAACUUCUACAAUAGAAGGGCACCUGGAAUGCUUUCAAUGAUGAGGGAACUCCGUUUACAACCAUUAGGAAGCCACCAUCUUGGCAUCGACGAUUCAAAAAAUAUUGCGAGAGUGUUGCAGCAUUUGCUGACGGAUGGUGCCCUCUUGCAAAUUACAGCAAAAAGAGCUGCCAGCUCGCCUAAUUCUGUCAGAUUUCUCUUUCAGAAUCGCAUCUAGUUGCCUGGUAAGUAAUAUGGACGACAAUCCUUAUGGACUGAGAUUUAUUUUUGUAUAGUCUUGACAUAUUGUAAAGUAAUGUCGAGCACUUUGAGCGAGACAUAUGUACGAUCUGAUGAGUGAAGAAGAAUUCAGAGCUGGAUUGCUAGAAGGGCAUAUGUAUGUGCAAGGGGUCAUGUUAGAUCCAGAUACUUGAGAUAAUCGACGCACUGUGAUAGAAGAAAGUUAGUCAUUGGUAAACAAGAAAAAAGUGGUGAGACAGAUUUGAAAGCGGCGGUGGAUGGAAGAGUAGAAGACGAAGAACAUAACAGGACAAAAACAGAGGGAAUGAGAAGUGAAGUCUCGCUUUUGAGGCGUUUUGUUUGACCCACGCACCUACCUAACUGUACACACGAUUGAAAAUGCAAUCAUUAGUUAUGACUGAAUUUGGUUGUCAACUUGUGGUAGAUGGAUAUCGCCAAACCUUGACCUUUUACUAAUGCUCAUAUAUUUAUUAGCAAGUAGUGCUUUUCACGA